AUGCCCAAGAGGAAGGUCAGCUCCGCCAAGGAGGGGGCAGCCAAGGAGGAGCCCGAGAGGAGAUCGGUGAGGUUGUCAGCUAAACCGGCUCCCGCAAAAGUGGAAACGAAGCCAAAAAAGGCAGCAGGAAAAGAUAAAUCUUUAGCCAAAAAAGUGCAGACAAAAGGGAAAAGGGGAGCAAAGGGAAAACAGGCUGAAGUGGCUAACCAAGAGACUAAAGAAGACUUACCUGCAGAAAACAGAGAAACUAAAAAUGAGAAGAGCCCAGCCUCUGAUGAAGCAAGAGAGAAAGAAGCAACUCUGAUUAAUAUCACACAUCCGGUCCUGUCAGUGGUCCCUGUCUCCCUUCUUGUACAAUCCAGAGGAAUAUUUUUAUCAACUAUUUUGUAA